CUCUGCCCUGCCCGCCCGCCCCCGCCUCAGCUCCUUUAAUACACUUUGGUUCUCCGCCUGGCUUUGGACUCGUCUCUCUGUGGCUCGCUCGCUCGGCGGCUGCUGCUGCUGCUCGGUGCAGCGGGGGGAAGCCUGGUCCCUGGAUCCUCCUGCUGCUGCUGCCGGGUGGUGCCCGGGAAGGAAGAGGAGCAGCCGCGGGGGAGGAAGCGGAGAGGAGCGGCAGGACCAUGCUGCUGGACGCCGGACCCCAGUUCCCUGCCAUUGGAGUGGGCACUUUCGCUCGGCACCAUCACUCGGCCGCCGCCGAGAUGCAGGACCGGGAGCUGAGCCUGGCGGCGCAGAACAGCUUUGUGGACUCGGCAGCCCACAUGGGGGCUUUUAAACUCAACCCCGGGGCCCACGAUCUGUCCCCCGGCCAAAGCUCGGCUUUCACCUCGCAGGCUCCCGGCUACCCAGCGGCAGCGUUGGGUCCCCAUGCCGCCCAUGUCAGCUCCUAUUCCGGGGCGCCUUUCAACUCCACCCGGGACUUCUUGUUUCGCAGCCGGGGCUUUGGGGACUCGUCUCCGGCCGGCGGCCAGCACGGGAUCUUUGGCCCUGCGGCCGGGACCCUCCAUCACCCGCACACGGACGCUCAGAGCCACAUCCUCUUCCCCGCCAUUCACGACCAGCAUGGCCCCCACGCCUCCCAAAACGUCCUGAAUGGGCAGAUGCGCCUGGGUUUGCCCGGGGAGGUCUUCGCCCGAUCGGAUCAAUACCGCCAGGUCUCUAGCCCCAGGACUGAUCCCUAUUCGGCGGCUCAGCUGCACAACCAGUAUGGCCCCAUGAAUAUGAAUAUGGGCAUGAACAUGGCAGCUCACCACCAUCACCACCCAGGUGCCUUUUUUCGAUACAUGAGACAACAGUGCAUCAAGCAAGAGCUGAUCUGCAAGUGGAUCGACCCCGAGCAGCUGAACAACCCCAAAAAGAGUUGCAAUAAAACUUUUAGCACCAUGCACGAGCUGGUCACCCAUGUCUCGGUGGAACAUGUUGGGGGACCCGAGCAGAGCAACCAUAUCUGUUAUUGGGAGGAGUGUCCCCGGGAAGGCAAACCUUUCAAAGCCAAAUACAAACUGGUCAAUCAUAUCCGAGUGCACACGGGAGAGAAGCCGUUCCCCUGUCCUUUUCCUGGCUGUGGGAAAGUUUUCGCCAGAUCAGAAAACCUAAAAAUCCACAAAAGGACACACACAGGAGAAAAGCCUUUCCAGUGUGAAUUUGAAGGCUGUGACAGACGUUUUGCCAACAGCAGCGAUAGGAAGAAGCACAUGCAUGUCCACACUUCAGAUAAGCCCUAUCUGUGCAAAAUGUGCGACAAAUCCUACACCCACCCCAGCUCUCUGCGGAAGCACAUGAAGGUCCAUGAAUCUUCCCCUCAAGGCUCUGAAUCGUCCCCGGCUGCCAGCUCGGGCUAUGAGUCCUCCACCCCCCCGGGCCUGGUGUCCCCCAGCGCCGAGACUCAGAGCACCACCAACCUAUCCCCGGCGGCGGCGGCGGCUGCAGCUGCGGCGGCGGCCGCGGUGUCUGCGGUGCACAGAGGCAGCGGCGGCGGCGGCGGGGGAGGCAGCGGCAGCGGAGCCGGCGGGGGUGGAGGGGCCAGCGGGAGCCACAGCGGCCUCUCCUCCAACUUCAACGAAUGGUACGUGUAGGGGGCCCUGCCGGACUGCUGGACAAGGCCCCCGCGCCUGCCCUCCCCGCCGAGGAGGAGGAAGAAGCAGACACACCGGGAAGGUGCUGGAUCCUGUUUGGUUUGGGUUUAAUUCUUAACCAGCGAAAGGAUUAACAACUUAAACGGCUCUAGAGCCCAGGAGAGCAAAUCCCCGCCAGAGCCUCCAAAGCAAAAAAAAUCCGCCACAGCUAAACUCUUCUUGUGUCCCACCCCCCCGUUUCCCUCUGCCCCAGCACCCUCCAUCCCGACCAGCUGUGUAUAUAGAGGACUCCUCCUUCCUCCUCCAAGGUGGUAAACGAAGUUUUAUCCGAUUAUUGGUGUAUAGAAGUUCGUCCCAUUUGUAAACUACGGAUUGAUUUCCUCCCACCCCCAAAAAGUGAUGGACUUUUUUCGUUUCUUUUCUCUUUUUAGUUCAUCCAUUAAAAAAAAAAAGUAACGUGGAAGAAAAUGGUUUCUUUUGUAAUUGUGAUAAUGAAUAUUGUGUUCUUUUUUAAGAGGCAAUUUGAUUGUAAACUUAAUUCAACUAUAGACUGGGGGAAAAACUGUGCCAAAGUCUCCAUUUUGUUACACACACACACACACCAACAACAACAACGCUUGUGAAUGUAUUUUUCUGUUAGCUGGGUUUACAUGUGAUGUUUUAGUGCUUUUGCAAGUUCAAUUUGUUAGUUCCUGUUUGGAAGAUUGUGAGGAAAAAUAAACGUCGUGCCGUUAGCUUUUCCCUAAUAACACCCUUCCUUCUGUAAAUACCUGUUACCAUAUUUAUCCAUUUGUAAUUAAAUUAUGGUAUUAACUUGCUACAGAGGAAACAGUAUUUAUAAAGAAUGUUUCUUAACUAUAAAUAUGUACAAUUGUGAGCAUAAACUGUUUCAGAUUUUUUAUUUGAAGGUUUAAGUGGUUUCAUCAUUUUUUGUGAUAUGUUUUGAGAGUAAUGCAUACAGAAAUAUAAUAAAAUGUGUUGAAACUGCA